CCUUUUCAAGAUGUGUAUAAAUACAUAUAUUGAUUUCUACAUGUAUCACACUCAAGUUCUCCCAAGAGUUUCCACAAACAAAAAAUCAUCAGCUUUCAAACUUUUCAGACGAUUACUCUAAUCUUUUCCAAAUGAAUACUUUUUUAACUUAUUUAACUCUCGAGAAGAAGGAAUGGUUUGUAGUUGUUAAGAUCUUGAGCAUUUGGAAUCAUCCUCCCAAGCAUCCCAAUGAUCAGACUACCAUGAUUUUGGUGGAUGACAAGGGUACCAGAAUUGAUGUUGUGGUUCCUCCAGAUUCAUACAAAAAAAAUUUUCCUAGAAACCUCAAAGAAGAAAAGUGGUACUUUCUUUGGGAUUUCGAUGUGAUCCCACCUUCAUUGCGUGAAAGGAACUCUAAUCAUCCUUACCAACUUAGCUUUAAUAAGAAGACAAUUAUGGCUUACUACAAAAAGAAAUUCACUUCCGAAUUCCUGCAGUGUCUUGAUUUUCUAAGGAUCAAUAAUCCAUCAGAAGAAGAUAAGCAAUUCGUUGUUGAUGUAGUUGGAGUGGUUAGGAGUGUCUCUCCUAUUGGAAGACUACUUGAAGGAGAAAGUGAUUUGGAUUCAAGCUAUGUUACUUUCACAUUAAAGGACCUUGCGUAAGUUUUAUUGGAAAAUCAAUAUAGUCUACGUCUAUAUGAGUUGUAUUAGUUAUCAGAUUUUCAAAAGUGUCAUUAUAUUUUUAUUAUGUAUCAUUACAUGUAGUGGCCAUUCCAUUAAUUGUGUUGCAAAAGGAAGUUUCUGUGAAGAAUUUGUUAGGAAGUAUUCUAGAAGAAUAUGUGAUGUGAAUUAUCACAAUCAACCAAUCAUGGUUGUUCUGCGUUUUUGGAGGAUAUCAGAGUUUGGAGGUAAACCUUGCUUGAUUACGAAAGGAGGUUGUCCAAGAAUGUUCAUCGAUGAAAAUUUCAGUGACAUUAACAGAGACUGCUACAU